AUGGCCCCCAAAGCUGCCGAGAAGAAGCCCACCACUGGCGGCAAAGCCCCGGCUGGCAAGGCCCCAGCUGCUGAGAAGAAGGAAGCUGGCAAGAAGACCGCCGCCGCUCCCUCAGGUGACAAGAAGAAGCGCGGCAAGACCAGGAAGGAGACCUACUCCUCGUACAUCUACAAGGUCCUCAAGCAAGUCCACCCCGACACCGGUAUCUCCAACCGCGCCAUGUCCAUCUUGAACUCGUUUGUCAACGAUAUCUUCGAGCGCGUUGCCACUGAAGCUUCCAAGCUUGCUGCCUACAACAAGAAGUCCACCAUCUCCUCCCGAGAAAUCCAGACCUCUGUCAGACUCAUCCUGCCGGGUGAACUUGCCAAGCACGCCGUUUCCGAAGGAACCAAGGCUGUGACCAAAUACUCAUCCCAAAGCAAGUAA